AUGUUGGCAACCGUUUUUCGUCGUUCUUUCUGGUCGUUUCCGAGAUCCGCCCACUCGUGAGUGACUUUCUGGAACGAGAACAAUGACGCAUUUUUUCGAAACUAAAAAAAACUUCUCACCUUUCACCUCUUCUAAUCUUGAUUUCACAUUGUUCUAUCUCUCGAUACGAUCUUUUUCGGUAAUUGCAGAAGCCCGCACCGUGUCACAAUGUUAUUUUAAACAUUGUCGAUUGAGAUACGAAUCACGGUGAAUUCUGAAUUCAAAAGAUCUCUGUCGUUUUCGCACUAUUCUCAUUAAUCUUCGUUCUGACGGCGCGCGCACGUUGUUCCCCUUUGUUUGAACUACGCGCUCGACAGCUUUUUCGAAUUUUUAACGUCUUUCUGAUCUGAAAAAGUACGAAAUUUGAACUGCCGGCGGGCAUUUUUGAGGCGUGGCCUAGAAAUCUUGCUGUCUAGUCCUUUCGGACGAGCAGCUUCUCGUCUAUUUUCUUCUGAAAUUUCAAAUUUCCACGCUAAAAAGUCCGAUUUUCAGCAUGAACUGGCCCGCACACGCGCCCAAACAUCGAAUCAACGACGUCGUGUACGGUACGGUGCGAAUUCCGUCGCCGAUCGACAAGAUCAUCGACACGGAAGAGUUCCAGCGCCUUAGAAAUCUCAAACAGACCGGUCUCGUCUACCUGGUGUACCCCAAUUGUGAACAGUCCCGAUUCGUGCAUUCUUUGGGGUAAUCCUCAUUUGGGCAGUCCGUUUUCAGCAGAAACCGCUUUUCAGCACAUUUUCACUGGCGUUCAACCUCGUCGACAAAUUGCGUCACAGUCAGCAAUCGCUCGGAAUCACGUCGGCUGAACACUGCUGCACGGCCAUCGCCGCGCUGCUCCACGACGUCGGACACGGCCCGUUCUCGCAUCUUUUCGACGGCGAAUUCGCGAAACGAUGCGGAAGAUCGUUCAAACACGAGGAGAUGUCCGUGAAACUCAUUGACAGAAUCAUGCGAAAACCCGAAAUCCGCGCCGCUUUCGAGCCGAUCAUUGGUGCCGGCGCCGGCGAGGAUUACGAUCAGAGCAUCAAGUUCAUUCAGGAACAGAUCAGCUCGCGGCCGACUGUUGGUUUUAAUCAAAUUUUUGAUGAAAUUUAGACAAAAUAUUGCAGGACUUCCUCGACGGAAUAGAUUUGAACGCGUUGAGUCCGGAGGAGAGAGAAAAGGUAAAUAAGGGAAAUGAUAAGCAAGUAUGCUCUAUCGAACAUUCAGCGACUCGAGCAAGAAUGGGCAGCCGUCGUCGAGGGCCGUGGCGUCAAAAAGUCGUUCCUCUACGACAUCGUCUCGAACGCCUACUGCGGACAUGACGUCGACAAAAUGGACUAUUUGCUCAGAGAUGCCAUCGCUUCCGGAGUCAGCAUCACUUUCAGCAUGGUACAUUUCAGCUCUUUCUCUGGGUUUUUUUUCGUUUGCUUGCGGAAAAACUCUAAUUUUUCAUCAAUCUUUUCGGAAAUUCGCACAUUUCCACUUCAGACGAGCCUGAACCGCCUGCUCGACCACGUCCGCGUCGUAAUUGACCCGAACAGCGGACUGCGGCGAAUCGGAUACUCAAAAAAGUGCGACGGAGACAUCAAAUCGAUCGGAGAGUCGCGUCAGGAGCUGCACUCGAAGGUGUACCAGCACAAGACGGUCCGAUUCAUAGAGAACAUGGUGGUGGAGGCGUUGAUCAGUGCCGGUGAGCUGCUGCUCUACAAGGGCUCCGACGGUCAGAUGCUCCCGCUGACGAUGGUCACCGAAGACGUCGAGGCCUUUCUGAAGACGUCGGACUUUGUGGAGGCCGAGGUUCGUCCCAAGGCUCUUCUUGUCUAUCAGAAACCAAAACCUUCAGAUUUUGAAUUCCACGUCCACCGAUCCGCGAAUGUUGCACGCUCAGAGCGAGCUGCGAAAAGUGAAGCAUCGGGAGAUUGGCUGCAAAUUGGGCUCUUUCGAAAUGAGCCCGGACAGAGCCAACCAUCACGGAGUGACCAACAACGAGAUCGGCGCGAACGAGGUCGUCAAAAUGGUACAGGACGCGAUGGAUCGGCACCUGAAAGGAGAGCUCGCCGGAAAGUAUCGGGUCAUGGUGAGUGGAAGUGCGCUAUAUUGAUAAUCUCUUUUUUGCCUCUCUCAGCAUUCUGUUCUCGGCCGUGGACUCGACGAAAAAACGCAUCCGAUUCAGCGUCAGGUGUUCUACGACGGAAAGCCGUGCGAGAACGAGGGAGAGCCGAUGAUCGGAUGCUACGUCGACGAGGAUUAUGUCAGUAGAAAAUACAGUUUGAAUUUCGGAAAAUUAACAGUUUCACACUUAAAAUUUCAAGCAAAAAACAACGUUUUUGCAGGUCCACACAAACUGCCCGAAAAUGGCAACGAAAUGGGAGAUUUUCGUGAUGGGCGACCGAAAUCAGCCGCAAUCGGACAAGGAUCGCAUCCGGGCGGCUCUUCCGAGCGCCGCCGAGUCGCUUUCGUUUUUGACGCCCCGCAAGAGAUCUCCACCGCAGGAUAGCGAAGAGGUUCGCGGUCCCGACACGAAAAUUUGAAAAAUGAACUCCUUUCCAGACGUCUCUCUCGUCGACGGGUCCCAGCGCGAAACGAGCACUCGUUUUCUCGAGUCAAUAA